AUGGAAAAUUCAUCUACAGUGACUGACUUCAUCCUUCUUGGCAUGACAGAUAACCCUAAGCUUGAGGUCCUGCUAUUUGGAAUUUUCUUUAUGGUUUAUGUUGUCACUGUGUUGGGAAACCUAGGCCUGGUGGUCCUAAUCAGAGUCAGUCCUCGCCUCCAUACUCCUAUGUACUUUUUUCUCUCUAAUCUGUCCUUACUUGAUGUCUGCUUCUCUUCCAUUACAACCCCAAAAACUUUAGCAAAUUUGUUAUCUAAGCUGCAUGAUGUUUCUUUUCUUGAAUGCAUAACUCAAAUGGGCUUGUUCAUAAUCUUUGCCUCUGCCGAAUGCAAUUUUUUGGCUUCCAUGGCCUAUGACCGUUAUACUGCCAUCUGUCACCCACUGCUCUACCACAUUACCAUGUCGAGAGUCCGUUGCUUUCUCUUGGUAGUAGGAUGCUACUUUGGUGGGUUAGUUAACAUGGUUGCUGUGACAACUUCCAUAACACAACUAUCAUUCUGUCAACCAUAUGUCCUCUCCCACUUCUUUUGUGACAUCCCACCACUACUCGCACUGGCUUGCUCAGACCCCUGGGUCACUCAGCUUUUGAUUGUUGGUUGUGGUGGAUUCACCCUGGUCACCUCUAUUGUGGUGAUCCUUAUCUCCUACAUGUUCAUCCUAAUGACUAUCCUGGGAAUUCCUUCAGUUUCCGGAAAACAGAAAGCCUUCUCUACCUGUGCUUCCCACUUAACUGCUGUUGGCCUGUACUAUGGAACAACUAUGUACACUUACUUGCAGCCCUCUGGACAUGGAUCCCAAGCAGGAAAUCAGACUAUCUCAGUAUUUUAUACAAUGGUGAUUCCCAUGUUAAAUCCUCUCAUCUAUAGUUUGAGAAACCAAGAAGUGAAAUUUGCUCUACAGAAAAUAUUGAAGCACAGUCCCUAA